CUUGCCACACACAGGCACAGACAGACACGUCUAUUUGAUCCCAUUUGCCCCCACAUGUUGUUCUCUGGAGCAGCUCGUAGGCUUGCAGGCACUUGUCUGUCCAAGUGUGUGGAUUCCAGCCUUAUCAGAGCAGCCAGGCUGCCCUUCACGCCUGUGUAGUAGUGGCAUCUUAAGCUUUAGCGCAGUGUUGUUAGUAUUCACAAAAUACCUCAGGGACCUUCUUCUGCCCAGGGGCAGAGCCUCCUGUUAUCUUCAUAUGUGACUUUUAGGCAAAGGGCCGAUUUAUGCUUUGUUAAAUCUACACUGUAGGUAUGGCAUAGCCACGUGCCCUACACUGAGUCUGACGCGCAACCUCCCCAGAAAUGUAACUACAUGUUCCGGCGACGCAGACCGCAACCACUGUGAUUGGUCCGCUUGCCUGAAGUUUGGGGGUGUGUUGAUAAAGCCUUUGCCAACACAGACGUUAUAGCAAGAUUAUUUGUUGAUCUGUCAAUCACGUCACUAUGAAUCACUCCACAUCAGUGAGAUCCUGCCGAUCAUCGACAGUCAUCAGAGACCAGCCCUCUCUCCCGGCCUAGGUCUCACUCACCACUGCUGGCACACCAUCUCCCGCAACAUUGAUCGUCGGAGAUCAACCCAGACCUUCAGUUUUCCUGGAGCUAAGGUAAUGGAGGAAUUUUCUGCGCCAACCCCCUUCUCUACGUGGAAAUGAUUUUAACAGGCUGUGCUUCAACGCAGGGAUACUCUUAAAACGGGGAACACAGAACUGGACUACUGAAAGCUCCUUAAACACACACACACACACACACACACACACAUAAUAUCCACACAAAACCUGAUUUUUAGAACUGUUGCACCCUUUCUUGUGAACCGUGUUCUUUUUUUUAUUUUCUUGACAGACAAGCAGGCACUACUUUCUUUUUUUUCUUUUUAUUUCUGCACAUACACCCAAACACACUAAAACACCGCCACCAUGCCGAGCUCAACCAUCCGUAGGCAGAUGAAAAAUGUGGUGAACAACUAUUCCGAGGCAGAGAAAAAGGUCCGCGAGGCCACCUCCAAUGACCCAUGGGGUCCUUCCAGCUCGCUCAUGUCGGAGAUCGCGGACCUCACUUACAACGUGGUGGCCUUCUCUGAGAUCAUGAGCAUGAUCUGGAAGCGGCUCAACGACCACGGCAAGAACUGGCGGCACGUCUACAAGGCGCUCACCUUGCUGGACUACCUGAUCAAGACGGGCUCGGAGCGCGUGGCCCUGCAGUGCAAAGAGAACAUCUUCGCCAUCCAGACGCUCAAGGACUUCCAGUACGUGGACCGCGACGGCAAGGACCAGGGCGUGAACGUGCGGGAGAAGUCCAAGCAGCUGGUGUCGCUGCUGAAGGACGAGGAGCGGCUUAAGGGGGAGCGCACGCAGGCGCUUAAGACCAAGGAGCGCAUGGCGCAGGUGCCCACCAGCGUGGGCAGCAGCGCCAGCUUGGGCAGUAUGGGCGUCGGCCGCGGCUCCAGCCAGCCCAACCUCUCCACCAGCUACUCGGAGGAGUACGGCAGGUCGGAGGGAUCGCCUGCCUCUUACCAUGGAUCCACGUCUCCUAAUGCGUCGUCGGAGCUGGAACAGGCGCGGCCCCAGACCAGCGGAGAGGAGGAGCUGCAGCUGCAGCUGGCCCUGGCCAUGAGCCGAGAGGCAGCCGAACAGGAGGAGAGAAUGCGUCGUGGGGAUGACUUGAGGCUACAGAUGGCGCUGGAGGAGAGCCGAAAAAACGACGGCCCGGCCAAACUGGGAAUGGGAAAGAAAAAGAAAGAGCCCCAGUCGUCUUUGAUGGAUCUGAUGGCCCCGGUGCCUGAGAGGCCUGCUGAUCAGGUGCCCGACCCCUGGGCAGCAGGAGCAGGAGCAGCUGCAGCACCAGACCCCUGGCAAGCAUACGGUGCUGCCUCUAAGCCAGCUCCCACUGUGGACCCUUGGGGCCUCUCUGGGGCCUCGGCCUCCGUCACUCCCAUUAAAAGUGCUGACCCCUGGGGGCCGACUCCUGCUCCUGCAGCCAUUGAUCCCUGGUCCUCCGGACCCCCCAAAGCCUCUGCACCAGGGAGCUUUGACCUGUUCAGCGCAUCAAACGGUACUUCCAGAGAGGACUUGUCUGAGUUCGACAGUCUCCGCACCUUAGCAGCCACUGGAGACCGCAUUGGCAGUUCUGCCCUCCCCUCCCAGACCAGCAUGUCAGUCAGUCCUGACCUGUUUGACCUGCAGCCCGGCGGGCACAUGAGGAAAACCCCAGAGUCCUUCCUGGGCCCCAACGCUGCCCUGGUCAAUCUGGACUCUCUGGUGACCAAGCCCCCACAGCCGGCCCCCGCCUCCAACCCCUUCCUAGCAGCAGGUGGAAGUGGAGGUGGUGGAGGUGGAGGUGGAGGGGCAGCCCCUGCUCCUGCCCCAUCUCCUGCUCUCCAGAACCCUUUCCAGGUGAACCAGCCGCAGCCCCCCACCCUCAACCAGAUGCGCGUCAGCCCCAUGCCCGGCUUCGGCGGUCUGUCCCAACGGAGCGCCGAGCCCAUGCCCCUCUCCUCUAUGCCCUCCGUGGGCCCCGUCACCAUGGUGCCCAUGGCCCCGCUGGCUCCCAUGGGUGCCAUGAUGCCCGCUAUGGGCAUCCCGGCCUCCAUGUCCCUGCCCCAGCCUCUCAUGAGCGGGGUCAUGCAGCCCUCAGGGCCGGCCGGCCAGGGUGGCGGCACCACCAACCCCUUCCUGUUGUGAGGAACACUCAGAGCUCUAUGCACCCCUGACCCCUGAUCCAUGACCCCACCCCACUCCACUCCACUCCCACCCCCCCCCACCCCCGUGAACCACACCCGUAACCUGCUAAAGCCACACUUUUCUUUCCCCACAGACACCCCAGAGCCCCUUCUGAUAUGGUAUAGACAGCAUAGUCUGCUGUAUCCCCCUUGCCCCAGUACCCACCACCACCACCACCCCCCACCCCACCCCCAAUCCAGACCAUUGUGCUAUUUGAAGACUUUUUUUGAGCAGCAGUGGUGUUUACAGUUUUUACAUAGGCAUGGGGAGCUCUCUUCUGUCCGCCAGGAGCAGGUACCAUACAGUGAUUUGGUAUUACUAUUUUUAUUUUCAUUUUUUUUUUAUUUUCAAUUUUUUUUUCUAAAUUUUCUUGAACCGUCAACGAUAACUGUGUAACUGUAGAUGUGAUUCCUCUCUCCCUCUAAAGUGUGCUGCAGCUUUCCUUUUAGCCAGCGUUGAAUUCAAAAGGGGUACCGAUGAUUUUUUGUUUGUUUGUUCUCCCCCCCCCCCCCCCAACUUCUUUUUAGAGGGCUUCUUUUUCUUCGUAUCAGAGGCUUUGAAAUUCAAUAAUUAUGUUUUUAAUCGUCUUAUGAAAGCAUUGUAUUCACCUAAGCUAACCCUUUCUAAUCAAAGCAAAACUAUAUAUGUUCUACGUCAGUGCAUAUACACUAUGUGUAUUUACAGUAUACUUAGGUAGACACUGUAAAGAUAAAGCCUAUCAGUUUACAAUGGUAAUGAUUUUAAUGUUCUAAGCAGGGAUUUUGCACACGCUCUGAUUUCAGUUCCCCUUUCCCUCAAACACUUCUGAUCCACUUUUCCGUUUUUGUUGACUGUUGGCUCACCAUUAGUCCUUAGUCCGAGAAAACAACGAUAAAAACGUCUUUGUUAGGAUGUGGCACUUGUACCAAGCGUAACCAAUAUCCCGUCACACACACACACACACACACACACAGUGUGGUCGUUUGAUAAGGACAUGGAGGAAGUGUACGCUAGCAUGAGUUAGCGGGUGGUGUCCAAUAUCCGAAGUGUUGGUAUGAACUUCACAGUGAAAUCAAAAUGUGUUCCUUUUUUUUUUUUGUUUUUUUUGUGAAUGCAUGUUAGGGAAUUGGUUUGCAUAUCCCAAUAUGGCUCUACUUUUCUACAAAAAGCCUCUGUUUUGCUACUGCUUGCAAUCCCGAGUGAUUGUGAAUUGGGUGAGUGGGUUUUGUUUUCGAAUUCAGUGCUAUUGUAAAGCUCGACUCUUUGCACAGCUUCUCUUUCUACUUUUCUUCUCUUAAAAAGGUUGACUGUUUGACAGAGCUAAUCAAUACUAAUUUUUAGUAUUCAACUGCCUAGCUUUUCAUAAGUUGAUCUGUAACAGUGAGUUAUCAAACAAUCUGAAAGGUUUCUUUUCAGUAAUCCUCAUUUUAUUUAUAUUUCUGAAAAAAAAAAAAGUGUAUUGUCAUAGAAGGAACAAAGGGAAAUAGGGAAGAGCUGGUAUGUGUUGAAAAAUAUCUUCAUCAGGUCCUAAUUCAUCUUACUCAACAUUAUUAGCCUACUAAUCACUGAUAUCCACUCCUACGAUAUAUGUAGCUGUAAUUGUAUUUUGAGAAAUAAAUACAUGAAAUUAAAUGUAACGCUAGUUAGUUCAUGCCAUGAUGACAAGAACUGAUUUGGGGGGGGGGGAAUCUUGUAACCAGUCGUUGUCAUCUCGCUGAUGUUCAUAAGUGUAUGGGCUUUGGGACUUUCCUCUCUUCAAACAGCUUACAGAAAGAAGAUGGGUUUGAUAAAGAGUUGGUGGGGGGACUCCAUUGAUAGAAUUGAUCAUAAUGGUUGGUUUUUUUUUUUUUUUUUUUUUAAAUCAUGUCUUUCUCUUUCUGUUACGUUGGUAAACCUUAUGUCAUCUCGUCCAUCAUGAAUUGUAAUUAUUAGAACCUCUUUUUUUUUUUUUUUUUUUGUCAUUUAUGUAUUCAGAUAUUUUAUGAGCAGAGGAGGCUCAUGUUUUGAUUAUAUCAUCACCACUUGCCCAAGGGCCACCCCUCUUUAUCCCAUGGGUGUUGGUUUUUUUCGUGGCUGUGAAACUGACCUUUGUCUCCAAGGCUACUGUCCUUGGAGUCAAACUCGCGUGCAGUUAUACCAAAGGGCUUUGACGCUCACAAGUUAUGUGGGAGUGUCACAAGAUACACUAGAUUGCCUUUUGGAGUUUAGGCCCCAGGGAGUGAAUUUUCCUUCAAAUUUCAGUCACAAAUGAACAAAUGUUUUAAAAUCAGUUUGGAUUUCAUAUUCAUAUCCCCUUUCCCAUCAAGAAACCAGAAAUGAUUUUGUUUGAUCUUAAAGCAUUACUGACAUUUUUGUUCCGCCCCUUCUCUCGGAUAGGAUAUAUAUUAAUGACGCAUUUUAAAGAAGUAAUUCCCUUUACACCCCACUGUAAAGCCCACCGAUACAUCACCACGUCAGUCGGCACCCCGUGGCUGUGUAGUGUAAGCUUACAAGCACAACUCUCGCAAUGUCUCCCAGGAUCUGUAAGGAAAUAAAAAAAUAGUUGAGAUUUUAUUUAAAUCAGGUGCUGUAGUCAGAUAAUUUUUCUAACUCCUCCUAUGUAGAUUUGUUUCAUAGGCCCCAUAUGACUUCUCUAAAAAUCACUGCCAAUUUACAACUCGUAACAUUGUUGUUUUCCAAGAAUUGUAAGCUAGUGGCGGCCCCUGCUGGAGACGUUGUGGUAGUGCUUCCCCUGUAGAGCUUAGCAAAAUACUGGGUGUGAUCAUGACAUAGUGGAAGAUUUACCAGGACGUGUUCUCAGGCAUCCUGGGGAAAAUGGCUUCAAGAGUUGUGCUCUGUGACGGGAUGCGAUUGAUUUGUGUUGAUAAUAGACGCGCAGAGCAAAUUAAUCCCUGCAGACAAGCAUCCUACAGCUACACAACAAAUUGGCUGAUUUUAAAACACUAUUGAAAAAUAAAUCCGGUGAUAACACUUUGUGACGUCAACUUUGAUUUCUGCAGCGUUUCCUCCUGAAGUACAAACAACAAAUCUAUUGCUCAAGUUCAUCCCAGAUCCUCUUGUUUUGGAUGUCUACCUGUGUAUCACCUCUUUCUGUUACAGUGUAUUCAUUAUGCAUUUCUUGUGGAGGACUAACCUUGUGAACAUGCAUAAACACAUUUGAUUUUCCCUUUCCAUGUUACUGUGUCUGUAUAUUUACCAAACUGUCUCAUAUUACUGGGAGCAGGCUGCUUUUUUUUUAUGGAUAUGUGCUCGACUUGUUGGCAUUAUAACUGUAUAAUAUAAUUUAUCAUUUGUUCUAUUGUAACAUAUUGUUCUGUACCUUAUUUCUGUGUAAUGGUUUUUGUAGGAAAGUCACAUGGGACGGUGUGAUUUUGUUUUAAUGCCAUCUAAAGCGCAGCAAGCGAUCAAGGACCUGUAGCUGCAAUGGUUAAAAAUAAAAUGUAUCACUCA